AUGGCGGACCUAGAGAAGCACGACUACACCGUCCAGGGAGGAAGUGACAGCGACCAUGGCGUGAGGGACAUUGUCGCGCAAAAGGGUGCUGCCGUUGGGGAGGCUGCCGACAUCUACGGUGAUCUCGCAACGGCCGAACAGUACGGAUAUGUCGAGCGAGGUCUCAAGUCCCGACACAUCCAGUUCAUCGCUCUUGGAGGUACCAUCGGUACCGGUCUCUUCCUCGGUAUUGGCAGUGCUUUCGCCAACGCUGGCCCCGUCUCUGUUCUUCUCGGCUACUCGAUAACUGGUCUUGCUGUAUACGGUAUGAUGCAAAGUCUUGGUGAGAUGUCUACUUGGCUUCCCCUGCCUGGUGCCAUUCCUCAGUACUGCGCGCGUUACGCCGAUCCCGCUCUUGGUUUUGCUGUUGGGUGGAAUAAUUGGUACCAAUGCGCCAUCACUCUGUGUGCUGAGAUCUCCGCUGCAGCCGUCGUCAUUAGCUUUUGGGAUACUGAAGAGAAGAUCAAUCAAGGCGUGUGGAUCGCGAUCAUCAUCGUUAUCAUCAUUUGCCUGAACAUCUUCGCUGUAUCGAUAUAUGGCGAGGCCGAGUUCUGUUUCGCAUCGAUUAAGAUCAUCACAAUCGUCGGUCUUCUUCUCGCUGGUGUUGUCAUCUGGCUUGGUGGCGCCCCUGACAAGGACCGACGUGGAUUCCGUUACUGGAAGGAAGGUGCCAUGAAGGAGUACAUCGGUACGGGCAGUACCGGCCGCUUCUCUGGCCUCUGGUCCACGCUCGUCAAUGCCGCUUUCUCCUACGGUGGUGUUGAGAUGGUGGCGGUUGCUGCAGGUGAAGCCGCCAACCCUCGCAAGAACAUUCCCAAGGCCAUCCGUCGUGUGUUCUGGCGUAUCAUUACCUUCUACGUUCUCGGAUCGUUCGUCAUCGGUGUUUGCAUCAGUUCCAACGAUGAGGCUUUGACCAGCGAUAACCUCUCGGGUGCGCAGAAGUCGCCGUGGGUUAUUGCCUGCAAGAACGCCGGUAUCCCGGUUCUUCCGCAUAUCGUCAACGCCGUCAUCUUGACCUCCGCAACGUCAUCCGGGAACGCCUUCUUGUACACUGGCUCGCGUUAUCUCUUCGGUGUCGCUCAAAACGGACAAGCCCCCAAGUUCCUCUUGAAGUGCUCCAAGAACGGUGUUCCGUACUACUGUGUUGGUAUCACAGCCGUCUUCUCCCUCCUGACCUUCAUGAGCUUGGGAACCAGCGCGAACGAGGUCUUCCUAUGGUUCCAGAACCUUGUGACCAUCGCCCAGUGCUUCACGUGGUGCAGCAUCUGCUUGGGCUACAUCGGAUUCCACAAAGCGUUGAAGGCGCAAGGUGUUGAUCGCAAGACCCUCAUCUUCAGGUCACCGUACCAGCCAUACACCGCUUGGAUUACAUUCUUUUUCUUCGUCCUCGUCAUCUUCUUCAACGGCUUCAAGCCGUUCACGCAGACUAAGGGCGGAUGGGGCAAGGACCAGCUGACUGACUUCUUCACCGCUUAUAUCGGCGUCGCCAUCUUCUUCCUCUUGUACAUUUUCUGGAAGGUCCUCAAGCGUGAGCCAACCGUCGUCCCGGCAAACGCUGACAUCUGGAGUGGUAAGGCUGCUCUUGACGCCGAGGUCUGGCCCGAGCAGAUUCCUAGAAAUUUCCUCGAGAAGUUCUGGUACUGGUUGUGCUAG